CGAGCUUGGUGGCAUCAGCUGGUGUGGGAGACGACCAUACCCCGAGGUAAACAACUCCACCUGUGGUGUACUGGCGCCGCUCAACACCGUAUAAUGUCUCUCCUACAAGCUAACCACUGUCUUCUGAGGAGUGGUCGUGUGGCAGGAUCGUUUGUCUUGACACGGCUAUCACACACCGAGGCAAACCUGGAUGCAGAGUGGGUUGAGCUGGCAAAGAAGCAAUUGAAGGGGAAUGACCCAGCAAAGCAACUGAUGUGGCACACACCAGAGGGAAUUGCAAUCAAACCUUUGUACACUUCAGAAGAUGUUAAAAACCUUUCUCCAGAAUUACCUGGCAAAUUCCCAUACACACGUGGCCCUUACCCGACCAUGUAUGCAAACCGCCCCUGGACCAUUAGACAGUAUGCAGGCUUCAGCACUGUUGAAGAGAGUAACAAGUUUUAUCGGGAAAAUAUCAAGGCUGGACAGCAAGGAUUAUCUGUUGCCUUCGACUUAGCCACUCAUAGAGGGUAUGACUCUGACAACCCCAGAGUUCAUGGAGAUGUUGGCAUGGCAGGGGUUGCCAUAGAUUCUGUAGAAGACAUGAAAACACUUUUCAGUGGCAUUCCUUUAGACAAGAUGUCAGUGUCAAUGACUAUGAAUGGUGCUGUUAUCCCAACUAUGGCAAUGUAUAUUGUUGCAGCAGAAGAGCAGGGUGUGAAACAAGAGCAACUGUCUGGUACAAUUCAAAACGAUAUCCUAAAGGAAUUCAUGGUACGCAACACAUACAUCUACCCCCCUGCACCAUCCAUGAGAAUUAUUGGAGACAUUAUCAGCUACACGGCAGCGCACAUGCCAAAGUUCAAUAGCAUCAGCAUCAGUGGGUACCACAUGCAGGAGGCUGGUGCCAAUGCUGUACUAGAGAUGGCUUUCACCUUGGCAGAUGGACUAGAAUACUGCCGCACUGGUCUCUCAGCAGGACUUACUAUUGACCAGUUUGCACCUCGCCUCUCCUUCUUCUGGGGUGUUGGCAUGAAUUUCUAUAUGGAAAUUGCCAAGAUGAGAGCUGCUCGUCGUCUUUGGGCUCACUUCAUUGAAAGCAAUUUUUCCCCCAAGAACAAAAAAUCAACCAUGUUGAGAACUCACAGUCAGACGUCUGGAUGGUCUCUCACUGAGCAGGAUCCAUACAACAAUAUCAUCAGGACUACAAUUGAAGCAAUGGCUGCAGUUUUUGGUGGCACACAGUCUCUUCAUACUAACUCAUUUGAUGAAGCUCUAGGGUUACCUACUGUCUUCUCUGCACGCAUUGCUCGUAACACACAAAUUAUUUUACAAGAAGAAACUGGAAUUCCAAAGAUAAUUGAUCCUUGGGCUGGCUCAUAUGCCAUGGAGGCAUUAACCAAUGAAGUAUAUGAAGCAGGAAAGGUUAUUAUUGAUAUGGUGGAAGAGAUGGGUGGUAUGGCUAAAGCUGUAGCUUCUGGUUGGGCAAAGUUGCAGAUUGAAGAAUGUGCUGCCAAGAAGCAAGCAAUGAUUGACAGUGGAAAGGAGGUUAUUGUUGGAGUUAAUAAAUACAAGUUGAAGCAGGAGGAGACAGUUGAUGUUCGUUCAAUUGACAACAAUGAAGUUCGUAAAACGCAGGUUGAGAAAUUACAGAAGAUUAAGGCUUCUCGAAAUACUGCAGCAACUGAGGCAGCAUUAGCAGCCCUGGAAGAAGCAGCACGAGGUGAUGGUAACUUGCUGGCUGCUGCAGUGAAUGCUGCACGACAACGUGCUUCUCUCGGUGAAAUCUCAAAUGCCAUGGAAAAUGUAUUUGGGCGGCACGUUGCCUCAAUUAGGUUGGUGUCAGGUGCUUAUAGUACAGAGUAUGCAGAUCAACAAGAGCUUGAUGCAGUGAAAGACAAGAUUACUGAAUUUGCUGAGGCUGAAGGGCGCAUUCCUAGAAUCCUGGUUGCCAAGAUGGGACAGGAUGGUCAUGACCGCGGGGCUAAAGUAAUUGCCACUGGAUUUGCUGAUCUCGGGUUCGAUGUGGAUGUUGGACCACUAUUUCAGACAGCAGCGGAGGUAGCACAGCAGGCUGUGGACGAUGACGUGCAUGUUGUAGGAGCAUCAUCCCUAGCUGCAGGUCAUCGUACGUUGGUACCAGAGCUGGUACAAGCCUUGGCUGACCUAGGACGACCUGACAUCCUAGUCAUUGUUGGGGGAGUUAUUCCACCCCAAGAUUAUGACUUCUUAAAGAGUGCUGGAGUAGCUGCCAUCUUUGGUCCAGGGACACGCAUCCCAGUUGCAGCUGUGGAAGUGUUGCAGCUCAUCACCAUCUCACUUCAAAAGAGAGCAGCAGCCAACUAAAGCACAAGUGAAAUGGAGCACAAGACAGUGACUCAGGUGCUGUGUAAUAUAAUAAUUCCUCAAAACAGUCCGAGCCUCAGUCACUUGAGAUUUAUGUCUAGUCUCAUUUAGUGAGCAAUGCAGUGCAGUGUGUGCUAUAAAACAGUGAUAAAAUACUUUACAGCACAACAGUUUGAUAACUGCAUUUCUUUUUUACUGUGGUUAAUGGUAGUUCAAACCUAUGCAGCCACUUAAUUUUUGUCAAACUAUCAGUUACUAAAUGUUUGAUAUCUUUAUUUUGUAAUGAACUUAAGGUUAAUGCAUUUUAAAUUAGAGCAUUCAAGAUGCAGCAUACCAAUUUGUAUUAUUGAAAUGUAUAUUUAUGGAUUUCUGGUCAGUAAUUUAUGUAGUGUAUAUAAUGAGAAAAUAUAUAUAUUUUAAUUAAA